CCUAGGUGUAUCGGAAGUGGCGUCGCCGCGCGUCCUUGGCGCUAUGGAGCAGCAGCAACAGCAACUGAGAAACUUGCGAGACUUCCUGUUGGUCUACAAUCGGAUGACCGAGCUCUGUUUCCAGCGCUGUGUGCCCAGCCUACACCACCGGUCCCUGGACGCCGAGGAGGAGGCCUGUCUGCAUAGCUGUGCCGGGAAGCUGAUCCAUUCCAACCACCGGCUCAUGGCCGCUUAUGUGCAGCUUAUGCCUGCCCUGGUACAGCGCCGCAUCGCCGACUACGAGGCUGCCUCGGCUGCGCCCGGCGUUACCGAAGAACAGCCCAAUGUCUCACCGUCAGGCAGCUAGCCGUCCAGUUUCAUGAGGGGAAGCUGCAAGAUGGACCCUCCAAUGGAAGGACCCAGUGGACCUUGGGGCUUGGUUGACGUUUGUACAGAGAGAUUGAGGCCGUUACCUGAAAGCCAGGUAGUGUUGUUGCUCCUUAACCUGAAGCCAAUAAACCCCAUUUCUACACUAUGUCGUUUAUAUUCUGGGCAUGGAACCUUUGUCUGUUUUAUUGGUGCCAUGCUUGGUUCUGUCACUGAGGGCGUAUCUGCAGGCUUCAAGCCCCGACACAAGUUCUCAUUCAGAUGACAGAUUGCCCAUGGGUUCUGUCUUAACACGUAAAUGGCAAAGUAUGCAUUGGUUCCGUGUUUCUUUUUUUCUCCCUAGAUUGUUUUAUAAGAAAUAGUUGUAUUGGAUCUGGGGGGGGGGGACCCAAAGGGCUUUUACACAUCACUUUUAGGAAGUCAUUGACCACAGAGACGAAACUUGUAAAUAAAUAACUUGUUCAAUAAUUUCAA